AUGUCUUCACCAGAUAACCGUAAAUCAGUCCUCAUAACUGGCUGUUCGCCUGGAGGUAUUGGCCAUUCCCUCGCUCUUGAAUUCCAACGCAAUGGUUUGCGAGUGUUUGCAACUGCCAGGAAUAAAGAGGUGCUUGUGGACCUCGAAGAGAAGGGAAUUGAGGCCUUGGACCUGGUGGUUGACAACGAAAAGAGCAUCCUAGCAUGCUUUGACGAAGUCAAGUCCAGGCUAGGCGAAGGCAAAGGAAAGGGUGCUUUACUUUCAGUCUUUGCUAAUGACUGUAUCCAGUGGCCGGAGUACGUCUGCCAUUAUUUUCUCCUGUUCUAUGUUUCCUGGGCUAACUGUAUUAAUUUCGAAGACUAUACGGUUCCAGCACUUGAUGUUGACAUGGACGAAGUACGUCAGACGUUCGAAACCAACAUUAUAGGAGUGAUCCAUAUGUGCAAGGUGUUUACGCCACUCAUAAUCGAAGCCAAAGGCACCAUUGUGCAGAUUGGAUCUGUCGCCGGGGUAAGAUAUGCUUUCCAGGAGGUUGAAAAAGCCGUCUAA